UUGUAAUGUUUCUCUCCUUGUUCUCCAUUUAGUGAACUCGUGGCGUUUCGCAGAUAAUGUCCGAGAAUGUCCAUUUCUGGGACUUUGAGCAACUAUUACGUGGACUCCAUCAUAAGUCACGAGGGCGAUGAACUCUCAACCCCGGCUCGCUUUGCCACCAGCGUCCAGUAUUCCGGCUCCAGCUCCGCCGCCGCCGCCGGCGGAAGGCAGCCCGGCGGCGCGGCGCACACGGAGCAUCCCCAUCCCGACCCGUACCCUUCCUGCAGCUUCCAACCUAAACCUCCGGUCUUCUCAUCGUCCUGGAGCCCCUUCAGUCCGCAUCACGGUGCCAGUGGCCUCCCUACUGUCUACCACCCAUACAUCCCAGCCCAGCACGUGCCUGCCGCGGACACACGGUACCUCCGCUCAUGGCUGGACUGCGCGCCCCGCAGCUCCGAGUCCGUCCCGGGGCAGGGCCAGUCGGGGCAGGUCAAGCUGGAGCCUCAGCUCGGCCAUCUCAGCGGGGAGAUCGCAGCCAAAAUCGGCGGACAGCACCAACUCGAGACCACCACGUACAUCCUGGAGUCGACGUCCACGGCUGCGCGCGAGCUAAACCACCAUCCGGCCGCCAUCCCGAGAGCAGGCUUCGAGGAAAAUAAGGACAUUUGUGAAGGGAGUGAGGACAAAGACGGCCUGGAUCAAAAUGACCCUUCGGCCAACUGGCUGCACGCCCGCUCCUCCCGGAAGAAGCGGUGCCCGUACACCAAAUACCAGACACUGGAGCUCGAGAAGGAGUUCCUGUUCAACAUGUACCUCACGCGGGACCGGCGGCAUGAGGUGGCGCGUGCGCUGAACCUGACGGAGCGGCAGGUGAAGAUCUGGUUCCAGAACCGGAGGAUGAAGAUGAAGAAACAGAGCAAGGACCAACCCAAGGACUAGCCGGACUCUCACUUGCGCGUGCACAUAUACAUACAUCCAAACGCACAUGCAUGCACGCGCACGCCAUGUAUCCCAUGCAUUUAACAUAUAGACUCCCCAAUUUGUCAUGUGUAGAACACAAAAUGGCCUUCCCAAUAGCUGCGAAUACACA